AUGGCUACUACCGAGACCAACGAGAACCCCGCCGUCGUGGAUGAAACCCUCAAUGAUUCCUUUAACCGCGUCAACCUGGGUCAGCAGGCUGACUUGGAAGGCGUUCCCAAAACCGACGAGGAAUAUGCGCAGUCGAUGCUCACCCUGCGCGCUAUCGUGUCCUCGAAGGAAGCAGGCGUUAUUAUCGGCAAGGCUGGCAAGAAUGUCGCGGAUCUGCGCGAGGAGACUGGUGUCAAGGCUGGAGUGAGCAAGGUCGUGCAGGGUGUCCAUGACCGUGUCUUGACAGUCACCGGUCCCCUCCAAGGUGCUGCGAAAGCCUAUGCGAUUGUAGCCAAGGGUCUCCUCGAGGGUGCCCCUCAGCUAGGCAUGGGGGGCAUUGUUGCGAACAACGGGACUCACCCUGUUCGUCUGCUCAUCUCUCAUAAUCAGAUGGGAACCAUUAUCGGACGCCAGGGUCUCAAGAUCAAGCAUAUCCAAGAUGUAUCCGGAGUGCGCAUGGUGGCACAGAAGGAGAUGCUACCUCAGUCAACUGAGCGAAUUGUUGAAGUCCAGGGGACCCCAGAAGGUAUCGAGAAGGCUGUCUGGGAAAUCGGAAAGUGUCUAAUCGAUGAUUGGGAACGGGGAGCCGGUACUGUUCUGUACAACCCUGCAGUUCGUGCCUCCACUGGUCCAGGAACACUCAAUGGUCUCGGAGGAUCCUCCUCCAUUGGUGGUAGCUACGGUCGUCCGUACAAUCGUACUGGAAAUGGUGCGGAUUUCAGUGACCAGACUGGUGGCUACAGCAGACGCUCCAACUCCGACGCUGGCAGCCGCGGCAUUCCUCUUGUCACUGAAGACGGCGAGGAAGUUCAGACCCAGAAUAUCAGCAUCCCUUCAGACAUGGUCGGGUGCAUCAUCGGUCGGGGCGGCAGCAAGAUCAGCGAGAUCCGACGGAGCUCGGGCGCUCGUAUUUCCAUUGCCAAAGCUCCCCACGACGAGUCUGGCGAACGCAUGUUUACGAUCAUGGGCAGCGCCCAGGCUAACGAGAAAGCCUUGUAUCUCUUGUAUGAGAAUCUCGAGGCUGAGAAGAUGCGCCGCAGCCAGCAGCCGCAGGAGUGA